UCAAACAAUCUGCCCGCCUUGGCCUCCCAAAGUGCUGAGAUUACAGGAGUGAGCCAAGGCGCCCGACCCUAUUCACUACUUCUUACAUGAUUUUUCCUUGACGAGAUAAAUGUAAUGCUGCCUUCUUCCAGACAAAGGUGAUUUUAAACUUACUGUACCGUGAAAUCACAAAAUCUUAAAGGUGUAUUUUGUAUGUAUGUACAUAUACAUACACACACAUACAGACAUAUCCUAUCUUAUUCCAAUGAGGGAUUUAAGGCAGUUCACAAAAAUGCAAUAGUAUAAAAAUAAGUCAGUCCUAGAAGGCAAAGCUCUGCAGGCCCUGCUGGGCACGCCCAUCAGUUUCUGUUUCCACAAAGACCCCUUUCUCUUUGAAUACUAAAGAGUAGCAUUAGCAACCUCAACACUGAAGCUUUUGCUUUCUUUGCCCAAACUCCCUCACUAGAGUGGUGGGACAGGGUGGGUGAGAAGAGAAGGAAGCCCUUAAAGGUCAAAGCAGUGGACGGGAUCGGAUCGCACUUUCACCUCCUGGGCUUGGGAAGAUGGUGCACAUGCGUUGUGAUGCGCACGUGUUACUGGCACAUGACUCCCGGUCCCUUGUGAGCCGAAACUUGGAUCCUAAUGACGCUGAUAAUGGGUUACUAGGCACUCAUAGUUCUGGAUUGUUGCGUGGCCUUGAUGUUAGCAGAAGAAUUCCUUUAAAAGUCAUUUUUGAAGAAGUAGACAAACCUAAAUCUGUGUCUCAUCUCCAAGGAAUAUGAACAAGAUGCCUGCUGGUGAACAAGAACGUGAAUAUAAUGAAGACAGGAAGUACUACUCUAAAGGAGUUAAACUGGUGAGAAAAAAGAAAAAAAUUCCUGGUUACUCUUGGGGGGACAUUAAGAUAAACAUCAUAGGUGAAAAGGAUGAUUCACCAAUUCAUUUCUGUGACAAAUGUGAUUUGCCUAUUAAAAUCUAUGGGCGAAUAAUUCCAUGCAAGCAUGCUUUUUGCUAUAACUGUGCUAAUUUAUAUGACAAAAUCGGAUAUAAAAUAUGUCCACGCUGUAGUUAUCCUGUGCUGCGAAUUGAGGAGCAUAAACGAGGUUCUGUCUUCAUGUGUAGUGUUGUUCAGGGAUGCAAGAGAACAUAUUUGUCUCAGAAAAGCUUACAGGCUCAUAUCAAACGCCGCCAUAAGAGAGCUCGAAAACAAGUUACCAGCGCUUCGCUUGAAAAAGUUCGUCCUCAUAUUGCUCCGCCACGAACUGAAAUCACUGAAAUCCCUAAAAGACUGCUAGACAGGGACCAUCUAAACUAUAUUCCACCAGAGCAGCACACCAUGAUGUCACUACCGUCUAUGCAACAAAUGCCACACGAGCAACAUAAUCAGCCACAUAAAGAUCUUCAGGUUCCUCCCCCAGAACUAUCUCCAAGUCCGCCUUUUCCCAUCCAGUGGGAAACCGUUAGUGUUUUAACAAGAAAACACGGCAAUUUAAUAGUUGAUCAUAUUCAGAAUAACUCAGAUUCUGGUGCUAAGAAGCCAUCACCUCCUGACUAUUAUCCUGAGUAUCAAAGUCAACCAGUGGUAUCGUCCCCUUGUCAUAUUAUGCCUCAAAAACAGCAUUAUGCACCACCUCCAUCUCCAUCAUCACCAGUAAACUAUCCAAUGCCAUAUCCUCCUCAGGAUGUAGGUACUCCUAACUUGGUUUCUAGCCAAGCGCCAGCUCCAACCACGACCUAUGAUCUAUCACUUGGAUAUAUUAUUGCCCAGGUGCCACCUUAUAUGAAUUCUCCUCCACCAUGUGCUCCCCAGUCUCAAAAUGGUAAUUCAUCUGCAAGUGAAUUUGCUUUUCACCACUAUAACCCUAACUUUUUACCUCAGUUCACUGAAAAUCAAGAAACCUUGAGCCCUCAGUUUACACAAACAGAUGCAACGGAUCACAGAAGAUGGCCUGCAUGGAAAGGACUGCCACAUCCUCCACCAACAUAGAGUCCACCUCCUUCAACCCUACAUGGUGGAUCACAUCAUUCAUACCAGAGAAGAAAUAGACCAUAUUAAGCAUGAUAAUAGUAUUUUGAACUGAAGACCUGAUGGGGAAAAAAACUUCAACUUCUAUACUGUACUGUGGAUAAGUGGCUCAGUUCAGCACAGCUGUAGUUUAACAACUUUGUUCCUCUGGUGUGGUAAAUUGACCUAAAGGUGACCUCUGAUGAUUUCCUGAAAUAAAUAUGCAUUGUUACAUUUUCAAAA